ACCAAACCAGCGACAUAGGAAGCCGGCGUCAGCUUCCCUUGUGCCAGCCAAGAACCUCUAACGGCUGCAGAUACUAUACUUGAGGAGCACACGCCUCUCUGAAUACAGCGACAGAGCUUCAGGAUGGUGUCCGGUGGAAGACAGCUCCUCGGUUUGGCCCUGGCCAUUAUCGGCUGGCUGGGAACCAUCGUCAUCUGCGCUCUCCCCACGUGGAAAGUCACAGCUUUCAUUGGAGCCAACAUCGUCACCUCUCAGGUGAUCUGGGAAGGUAUGUGGAUGAACUGUGUCACCCAGAGCACAGGCCAGAUGCAGUGCAAGGUCUACGAUUCACUACUGGCCUUACCCCAAGACCUGCAGGCCGGCAGGGCUCUCGUUGUCAUCGCCAUCCUCAUCGGGGUCAUUGGGAUCUUGCUGGGUGUGAUUGGGGGCAAAUGCACCAACUUUGUACCGGAGGAAAGGGAGAAGAGCAGGGUGGCUAUUGCCUCUGGAGUGGUGUUGAUCAUCGCAGGCGUGCUGGUGCUCGUCCCCGUCUGCUGGACCGCCAACACCAUCAUCCGUGACUUCUACAGCCCGCUCACCAUCAGCGCUCAGAAGAGGGAGCUGGGAGCCUCCCUGUACAUCAUGGCUUCCAUGGGGAUGCAGAUGUUGGCCAGUGCCCUUUGCCUGGUGGGUUGGGCGGGGGUCAUCAUCUGCUGCGUGCUCCCGGUGUGGAGGGUCACCGCCUUCGUCGGCAGCACCAUCGUGACCUCGCAGACUAUCUGGGAGGGGAUCUGGAUGACCUGCGUGGCUCAGAGCACGGGACAGAUCCAGUGUAAACCCUACGACUCCAUGCUGGCUCUGACCUCUGACCUGCAGGCCGCCAGGGCUCUCACCGUUCUCGCUAUCGCUACAGGAGGCAUGGGCCUCAUCCUGGCGUUCGUCGGGGGAAAGUGCACUCGCUUCUUGGACGAAGAAGGACCGGGGAUGAAGGGAAAAGUGGCUGUGGCUGCAGGGGUGGUGUUGAUAGCCUCGGGCGUGCUCUGCUUGAUUCCCACGUCGUGGACGGCCGGGGCGGUGGUGCGGAGGUUCUACAGCGCGUCCCUAGACGUCCAGCGGAGGGAGCUGGGAGCCUGUCUGUACAUCGGUUGGGGGGCGUCCAUCUUGCUGGUUCUCGGAGGCGGUUUGUUCAUCAGUUCAGCGUGCUCAAACAAAGACCUACACACGAACAAGAGCCCGUCUGUGCGUUACCUGGUGGCCCGCUCCCCCAACGGGUACAGCCAGGUGGGUUCUGGCCGCGGCGCGGCGCCCUCGGCGGCGUCCGCCAGGCCUCCGAGCUACAACGGAAGUACCGGAGAGCCUCGGCUGUACGCACGGCCUCCGUGGGAGCAGGAAUCGAGCCAGGGGUCCCAGCGGUCGCGGCCACCGUCCUCAAAGUCCCAGAUGAGCAGACCGGGGUCCACAAAAUCUGAACACAGCGAGGCGCCGUCGACAAAGUCUCAACUGAAACGAGCAGAAAUGGAUGAGACUUUAUCAGCCAGGAGUGAGAAUGAAGAUGCAGCUGAAAACCCUGCAAAAACAUACCUGUAACAUGAGCACAGACACAAGAAGACUUACAUCUAUGUUGUAACGUUUACAUCAAUGCUUAUCUAUGAGUAGGAAUGUAGUUCAUGAAAAGUAGUUUAUAAAACCGGACGUUUGUGAGGGUAUAACUAACCUCUGAUGUAUAAAGGCUUUAUAAAGUUAUAUGUACUUAAACUGACCGUAGUCAUUUAUGGACAGUUUUUAUCUUUAAAAUGAAUUAAUACUUUUAUUUAAGCCCUUGAUAUUAGUUAAAACUCAUUAAUGUGGAAUUUCACACUGGUAUAAAGCAUUUUCUUUUUCAGGGUUAGACACGCUGAACACAGAUGAACGAUGGAUUUUACCACAGACGUUUUACUUUAUGCUGUUACAUUUUUAAUGGAGCACGAAGUAUCAAUGUACUUUAAUGUAAAUGUGUUAAUAUUAUGUCUUCAUGUCUAUAGCACAUUUUAGUUUCCUUACAAGUACAAAUGACCAUAAAAACAGUUUACUUGUCGUACACACAGAGGUUCGUCGACGGGUUAUUGUCAGUUUUGAAGCAAUAGCAUUUCCUUGUAAUUUUAUUU